CCAUACCCUCCGCCCAUGGCCGUACUUCGCCCAUACACUUUGCCACUUUAAAUCCAAUAACAAAAACAAUCGUCGCACAUAAGUGCACAUAACCAUGGCAACAGAGAGUGUCUUAUCAACAAAUCUUAUAUUUGUUGCUUAAUUUGGAACUUACAGCGACAGUCAGUUGUAGUCGCAGUGUAUUGAAUGUAGGCACUGUCCGCUACAAGCGAUAUAUUUAUGUAAGUAGCAUCGGCGCAAAAACCGUAUCACAUUCGUACGUAUGUAUGUACGUAUAAAACUUUUACUCGCGUAUUUAGAGAUAUAAUAAUUUCGUGCGUUUCGAAGUGUAUCAAAGCAGGCUCGGUGCAUGCUUGCGCUUGUCUUGUGGUGCGACAUUGUUGGUGUCAUAGUAAUAAUAUCGUUAUUAUUUGGUUUAGAAUCGCGCUCUUCCGGUUUUAAAUAGUGCUAACAGCGGAAGUAUGGAAAAUGGGUGAAUCAAGUGUGCGUAAUUGGAUUCGCGGGAUCCGUUUCACUCCGGAAAACUACGACAAGAGCGUUUUCUACGUCGACCACAACCAAAAAGAUAACUCGUUUCAUCCAAUCAUAUCGGCCACGACAACAAAUGAUAACGAACGAAAACAAACGAUACUACAGUUUAAUAACAAAGGCCCAACAAUGGACGAUUUCAGGACCGUUAGUUUUUCGUCAUUCAAACCCCAAACGGAAAGAAGAAGAAAGAUUAAUGGUGGCGGUGGUGUUGUUUUAGAAACGAUCGAAGAAAGUAGCGUGGGAAUUCCGAAAAGUGAUUGCGUUUUCGACAAUAAAGUCCCUUCGGCGUCGGCAACGGGAAGAAAUGAAAGUGCCGUUAGCACCUGGACGAAAGUUCUUCACACGGCACCACUCGAAAGGGAAAAUCCCGAAGUUGUUAUUGGCGCUAAUUAUAACGGUGAUAACGAUGCAAGUUCGUCGACUGUAAGUGAUUUAAAAAACAAACCAGUCGCCGGUGAAAGUGAAACAUCAUGUACGAAUUGUCAGUUAGGUGUAGACGUUGCACGAAGCAGUAUUUACCCGAUUUCUUUGAGUGAACACGGCAGUGUGGUUGACGAUGACGAAAUAGCAUUUGAUACAUCAUCGGAUGAAUCAUGCGACACCCAUGGAAAUCCUCUCGAAGAAACCGAUUGUUCAAAACCACAAGGUACAUCUUCGCUUAACGAAAAAAUGACAAAUGUAAGAAUGAAGGGUGAAAUAGUUGAGGAGAUUCCAGAACCAAGAGACGAUAAUGUGCAAUAUUCAGUCGACUGUAAUGAGCCAAUUUAUGUGAAUUUAGCACAAAUGAAAAAUACGUUCAACAUUGACUACUCUUCAAAUAAUUUCGAUAAACACCUGGAAGAUGAAGACGACGAUUUUGACUUUAUAGAAGAAAGUAUGAGAAGAAGACCUGGGGAAGGUCUUAAAAGAAACACGAAGUCGUUGAGAAGAAAGAGAUAUGCCAUAAUGGACGAUUCUUUGAGAUUUAACAUCGAAACGAAAUGGAAAACUCUUCCAAAUGUAGUUGAAAAUGAAUCGUACAACACCAGUGUAUUAUGUGGUACUCCCGACAGUGCAAAGAAAUCCAACGAUUCCUUAGAUUCGAUUAGCUGGAAAUCCACCCGAAGUACUUUAAUGGUCGACGACAAUAUUUUUCCAAAUCGCCCAGAAUCAUUUCCUGAUGAUGUUUCUUCGGAUUCGGUCAGUUGGAAGUCAAGUAACAGUUUCGCCAUCACAACAAAAAGCAGCGAUUCUCUAGAAGAAACCAAAGAUUCAGGAACAUUAGAAAAUCUGUCCAACAAAAAGAAAUUAGAUUCCACUGAAGAGGAGAUCCGAGAAAGAGCCGUCCUGUCGGAUUUCAGAAGACACGCUAUUCUAGAAACCUUCAACGAUCACAUCUACAUGAACCAGCGUCAAAUAAUGCAACCUUACAGUUAUAUACAAGAAUGCAUUCCUGAACCAACGUACCAAAUAGGAAAUACUGGCCGACAGGACAUAGAAGAAACUGAAACUGGUUCAUAUUCUUCAAACGAUUCAAAAUCGGACGCUUUAGAAGACCUGACCUUUACCGGUGAAAUGUGCAAUAAUGAAAUAAGUGAAACCGACCACGUCAGAAGUGAAACAAUUGACUACUGUAACAAUGAAGAGACUUACGAAAACAUUUGGGAGUGCGUCAGUAGUAGUAGCAGUAGUAAUAGUAAAAGUGGUAACAAUAACAGUAGCAACUGUAGUUUUCUUGAGGCUAAACAAUUGUCUGUGAAACACGCGCUUGUGUGUCUACAGCCCGUCGAAUUUGAAAUAGUGAAUGAACUUCUUGUGGCUCCUGUAACAUUUGCCCAGGCUGCUUUCGGGAAUGUUUUGCAGUGGCAGAAGGAUUUGGAGGACCAGUAUUGUAGUGAAGAGAGCCUUUGUCAGGAAUACACUAGUCUAGAAAAUAUAACUGAGAAAAAGGAAGGGGUUUCCCCGUUCCCUACCGAAUGUGAUGUAGAAGUAAGAAAAAAAUCUGGGGAUCGAACUGUUACUAACAGGUCUCAAACGAUUCAUGGAUACGUAAGUGAAUUGGAGAAUUCUAUAGAAGAUCGUCCGUUGAAUAUGAAAAAGGUAGUAAAAAUUUAUAUCGAUGGUACUGGGCGAAAAAUUUUUAAAAAUCAAAUGCUGCAAAUAUACAAAGGUGAAAUGGUACUGCUCAGCGACAAGGGCGAAAGAGAAAUUUUACGAAAAGAUGUUAACAUAACUCAUUACAAACCGUACACAAAUAAAAAAGAAAUCCAUAUCACGAACACAACUGCCGAAGAAUGCAAACUUUACAAACUGCAGUUCGACAAUACGGACGAUAUGAACAUGAUUUUGGGGGAAUUACACAAAUAUUUCAACAACGAUUUUAGGGGUCGUCCACGAUCGAAUUCCCUUACAGAGAAAGCUCCUUUAGCGCCCCAAAACGAAGAGCGGGUUCAAAUAAGGCAUCGACUAUUAAAACUCCUCGGAAGGAGGUCCAGCAAAGACAUGCUGGAGAAAAAGGGGAUUAUAAGGAACGAACCGAUCUUCGGGAAUACACUAAACAAUUUGUAUAGCAAAUAUCGUGUGCCAGUGCCGCCAUUCGUUGUUAAAAUCAUUAACAUAAUCGAAUUGCCGAAAAAUAUACGGAGUCUUGGACUGUACAGGGCGUCUGGGAAUUUAGCGACGAUUCAGAAAAUACGAUUUCAAGUCGACAGAAAUAAUCUGUCGAUUUUGAAUGACUACAUGAACGAUAUCGAUGUCUUGACUGGGGCUUUAAAAUUGUUUUUUAGAGAAUUAAACGAACCUGUGAUACCACAUAAAACGUAUGAAGAACUACUGCAAUUUGUAGAUAAGGAUUUACAUCCUAGCGCGAUAGAAAAAAUAAAAUACUCAAUCAAUAAAAUGGACUUGCCUCAUAAAAAGACAUUUUUGACUCUUCUAAAGCAUCUGGUUCACGUUGAAAAAUUCAAGCAGGACAACAAAAUGGACGCUUACAAUAUUUCAAUAGUGUGGGGGCCCACGCUGAUAUGGCCGCCGGAAACCUCUCAAGAAAACAUCCUGGAGAACCACACUAAUGCCAAUAAAAUUAUUGAAAUAUUAUUAAACAUUUACAGGAACGAAUUCCUUAGUGAAUCGUCUAGUCCGCCGUUUAGUGUUAGAAAUAGGAUUAAUGUAAACGCAGUAUUAAAUGGUAAUUCUCAAGAAUCGGCCAAGUCAAGUAGAAAAGACUUACAACAAGAUAGUUCCACAAAAACGAGUGCGAAGUCAAAGUUUGGAUCUAUGGAAAAUCUUUUUAAAGCGAUGAAAAAAGAUUCUGUCUCGUCACCAAAAGAUGCCAAAUGGAACUUGGAAAGUCUCUGCAAGAAUUCCAAGUCUAAUAUUCCAGAAUUUCUACAACGUAUCGUUCCGUUAAUAGAAAAAAAUAUUGAAGUGGAAAACAUUUAUUCGAAACAGUUGAGCGACGAAAAGUUGGAAAAGAUCAAGACGAAAAUUUCCCGAAACAAAUACGGAUCGUUGGAGAAAAAUAACGUCUACGAACUGGCUGCAACUGUCAAGUUGUUCUUUUCAGAACUGGAUCCGCCCCUGAUACCUCCGGAAAGUUUUUUGAAAAUGGUCCACGCAAUCGGUAGGCAGAACGAGCCGGAGAAGUCGAAGUUGAUGAGACAAGAGAUCAACAAACUGAGUCCGUGUCAUCGGGAGACGUUAUCUUAUCUCUUCAAACAUUUAGUAGACGUUAGCAGGCGAAAGGAGUCGAACAGCGUGAACGUGGCACUUACUUGGAUGCCGAUACUUUGCAAAAAAUUGAUAAACACUUCCGACAUCCGGCUGGAGAAGUGCGUCGAAGUAGUCGAAUAUCUGAUGGAGUUCUACGACGAGAAGUCCGCAACGACCGACGCCCUCAUGGAAAAUCUCAAAAAUAAUCUUAAAGCUUACACCCAAAAUCAACAAAAGUACGGCGCGGGUUGCGUGAAAUCGUUGAACAACAACAACAACAGCAGCAGUAGCAGCAACAAUAACAGUAGCAGUUGCGAAAGUUUGUCCAAACAAGAGAACAACAACAACAACAACAACAAUAAUAACAAUGCACCAUCGGAGUCGACUGUUAAAAAAAGAAUCCUUAAGAAUACGUCGGCCUUAUACAGGGACAGCAAAUAUUACAACGCGAGCCUGCAUCCUCCCUCUAUAUACGACACUGUGCCCCCAACGCAGACUGGGCUUUCUAGUAAAGAGGAGGCGCGGGGGGAAGCAAAACUAUUAGAGACUGACGCUAACAAAAACGUAAAAAAACACGAACGUACUACCAAACUGUAGCUUUGUUGUCUUUUACAUGCAUACAUACAUAAGCAUUUAUACAUAUAUAUAUACGAUAAGUAUUAAUAAAUUAAAUCGUUUUUAUAUAUACGACUGUACCUACGAGUAAGCCCCUACGCAAUAUAGAUAUAAAAUGCCGACAUACAAACCUAUUUUAUUAUUAUUUGAUUUCUCUUUUUUGUUUUUGUUUUUCUUUUUUGGUACUGUCCAAGAAGGAUUGUGAUUGAAUGUAUUUAUACGUAUUAUGUCAAUUGUUUUGACAGUAAAGUUAUAUUAAACUUU